AUGUCUUCAACUAAGCCAACAUUAAAACUGGAUGUGUAUGGUUCAAUCGACGUAAAUCCUGAAGAAGCGUCAUCGUACUUUAAAUAUAAAUUGCAAACUGACGAUCAUAAUAAAAAAUUUUUCUGGGAUGUUCCGCAUCAAUUGCCUUCAGAUGAAAUCAUUGGAACUGAUCGCAAUCCCAUUCAAACUUCUAUUCAGGAAAAAAAACUCGAUGAAAUAAGUUUUCCCAUAAAAUCAAAAAUUGAAGACGAUCUAAAGCAACAAGAUAUCUUUGAUAAGGAGAUCGACGAAAAUUCAAGAAUAAUCAACAAGUCGAUUCCAUUUGUAGAAAAAUUCAAGGGACUUGUUAAAGAUUUUGAGCAGUUCGAGAAAGUUUUCAACGAAGUUGAUGAUAAUUCUGAUACUUAUUCAACUAUUGAUGAUUUUAUAAGCAAAACCGACGCCAUAAUUCUCGGUCAGAUGGAAAUAGUGGAACAUGAACAGAAACUUAUUAAAAACAAUGAUUUAAUUAGACAGAAAAUAUUCAAAUCUACGUUUGAAACAGCACAAAAAAUCAAUGAAAUCUACACUAAUUUGGAUUCGAUGGAGCGAGCUUAUAAAACCACGAAAGCUAGAACAAAAACUGGGAGUAAUGCAGUGCUAGUGCGGUGCAAACCUGAAAAUAUGAAAUUUCGAGCUUAUAAAACCACGAAAGCUAGAACAGUAAAUUUGGAAACAACAUUAUUGAAAGCCAGAGAAUACAUUAGAGAAAACGAUAAGGAGACCAUCACUCUUAUGGAUUCAAUUCAACAUUUAUAUCUUUUAAUGAAAGAGAAAAAUCACGAAAAGGUUGAAUUGAAGCAAUAUGACAUUAGUGGACAGCUAAAUUAUAUUCGAGAAGAACUUGAAGUUGUGGAAGAUGAAGAAGAAAGAAACAGUUCGCGAGAAUCUCUCGUGGCUGGAAUAAUCUUGGGAAUAAUUGAAGCAAUAAAACCCGAUAAGAAAUUUCAUUUGUCAUCUUCAAAUCUUAAUGUUUAUAUUGAUGAAACAAAAUCUUCAUUUGGAAGUCCAAGUCGCGAUCAGGUCAUACAAAUUACAAGCGCAAAUCAGGUGUACAUGGAAUGUUGGAAAAUUUCAUCCUUUAAUGAAGACGACAGUGAAACAGCAUUAAGGAUUAAUUAA